ACAAGACCACACGCGUUCGAAUGGUUCGGUUCGAGUUGAAAGGAAGUCAGCCAUCUCAAUCAGCCUAUACGAUACAUUCACAGUGCAGAUCAUAACGAAGCUCCAAUUCCCCUAAUGUCACAAGAAACGAGUACUCAGCCAUCACGGCCUUCUAAACCAAUCACUCGGAGUUCCAUCCGACACUCACUCAAUUUCACGUCAGUAGGGAAAGCUUUGGCGGAUGUAAUCAACAAGGAGUCCCGCGACCGCGAAAAGCCUAAUGAGAAAGCCCUGAAGAAGUCCAAGGACUCUUCAAGACGUUUAAGUGCUAUUGCACUCAUGAAUUCUAGCGCAAUCCCCCAGGCUAACGCCACUGUAACUGUAUCCUCAAAGUCAAAGUCCCCAACUCCGGGGCACGCCAAAGAAGACGCUUCUCCAUCCAAGACCAUCACACGCAGCGCAAGGAGACAGUCUGGUCUCCUCAGACCUGCCCCUGCUUGCGACGACAUGGGGAUAAAGGUGCUAGACGCCGUUGGCGUUAGUCCUUCCAUGAAGCGUUCGUCUUCACUGCGUCCAAGGACUGCUCCUGCACCCACAUCAUCUGCAUUGCCGAAAUAUCGGCCCAAGUCCACCCUUAUAGAGUCUGUUCUACCCAAGAAACCUGUUUCUCCUCCUCGCUCCAGCACUCGUAGGCGGCUGAGCUCAUCAGAGGAAGAGGACAAGGUUCAUAGCCUCCGUUCCAAAGGCAACGUGGAGGAGAAGAAGCCCAAGAGUUCGAUUAGUCCUCUCCCUCACAAAGCACUUACAGUAAAGGUUAACUUGCCUAACCUUACUCCUCCUUCGACCCCUUCCAAGAUCUGCAAGUUAUCAACGCCGAAGAAGACUUCGCCUGCCAAGGUAGAGUCCGCACGACCUGGUAAAAUCAUCAAGACAACAACUAUUUCUUCUGCAUCCAAGUCAAACAUUGCACGUCCUCCGUCGUCUUCAUCCUCUCAUAGCUCUGUCUGCUCACAGAGUUCACCUCAGACACCCUCCAAGAGUAGCUUUGGGUUCGGACGCUCAAAAAACAAUCAAACAUCAAGCCCUCUGCGUUCUACCGGUCGUCCUGCCCCUGAGUCGCCUCUUGCCCAUCACACUCGUCAAAAUUCCAGUCCGGCCCUUGGCAGAGGUACAACACCCACGCCACUCUCACAGCUUGCGGAGGAAGACAGCGAAGAUUCCAUUGAAGCUGAUGAUGUGGAACUUCUCCUCGCCCCUGCUGCUCCUCUUGGGGCACCCACACCUGCGAUACCCAGGAUUCGGGCUGUUCAACUGCCGCACAAUGAGUUAGAACCUGAAACGCCCUUGCGCCCCUCUCAUUUCCUUCCUACACGAGCGAAUCUUUCCUACCUGUCGCCUGUACCUCCGACCUCACAGAGCACGCCUGGCCUCCGCCCUCCCAAAGGCCAUAGUGCAAAUCGCAACUCGAUUAUGUCUUGGGAACAAUUGGCAAGUGAUGGAUCACAGAUAAUUGCACAGGAAGAGGUAGAAAAAAUGCUUUCAGAGAUUCAGGCGCCUUUCACGCCAAUUGGCCCUUCACCGAACGUCAGUGUUCUUGCACUUGAAGUUCCUGAAAGUCCCUGCCUCUCUGCUCUACCAUCGCCUGGUGGUUAUGGGUCAAUAUCUCAGGUUCUAUUACCGGAUGUUACGCCUUCGCCCGCAGUGCACCAUUUCAACCAGAUGUUUGAUACAUCUACGGAGCUUCCCGCUCCUAUGGACUCGGGCACAGUUACUCUACUUCGCUUACAAGUGGCAUCCGCCGAGAACACGGCAAAGGAACGCCUCGUUCGCUUGCAGGAGUUGGAGGAGCAGUUGCACGCUGCGAAACAUUCUCGUGUUCAGGAGACUGAAGAACUCGCGAAGCAAGUCUCCUUCCUGGAGCAACAACUUCACAUUAGUGUUGAGGCGAGGGAAAGGCUGGACGAGGAGCGCUCUGCUUUCACUGCAUCCCUGCAGGACCAGCUGCACCACGCAGAAGCUUCUAGCAAACAGGCAUCCAACGCUGCUUUUGCGCGUGGACAGGAAGAGGCUGCUGCGUCGUGGGCAGAGUUGCUCAAUCAGAAGCAGCAAAAGUGGGAAGUAUGUUCUCUCGCUCGUGAGAUUAAAGUGGAAUGGGGAUCUGUCAGAGAGCAGGCGGAGGCGGAACAAGAAUUUUUGCAGGCCGGUCGUGAGACGCUGAAAGUAUUUCUGGCUAUGCUGGAUCAAAGCCAGAAGCAAGUGCAGUGUCUGCUUGCUUGAACGACAGUUAUGCUUAUGAGCUUCAUCUAUUCCUUGGAUUAAUUUGUACUACACAGAUGACCACUCAUUCUUCUCGUUAACAUCUAUGCCCGUGUACUGGUACAUAGUACAGAUUACCUAUCAUCUAGCCACAACUACGAAUCUUCUGAAUGUUAUUUACUUUUCACUCAGAAAGAACGUACUACAUAACAUGGUACGCCUAUCUGCUGCGAAACGGGGAUACACAUUAUGUAUGUAUGGUAGAUUUAAAAAUACAUGUCAACCAGUUAAGUCCUGUAAGAUACAAUAACCAUAUGGGUGAUAUAAUCUGACUAGACGAGGUUAUGCGUAGCAGUCCAGGGCGACUGUGCACGCAUCCAGGAGGCAACCAUAAUUAUCUGCCACAGUAGUCUCUCUUAGUCUACCAAGAAUGGCUUCUUGAAGGGUAUCCCGUCUAAAGACUGUA